CAGCAGAUGAGCAGGAUGUUCCGAAUGUAAGACUGCAGGCUUCAGUACAAAAGCAUGACGGGAGUUUUGCGACCCUCCAAACAGAGACCCAGUAUGAAGCGACCUCGAAAUGAGCCUUACAGGGUUUUCGAUUAUCAACAUGUUCCGAUGUCUGUGACGACCAUCCCGUGUGACUUCGCAUCUUUUCGACGGACGUGUUCCUCUCCCUCUUUUUCUUCCGCAGCCCUGCGGCAAAGCACAGAAAAACCUCAGAGCAGACACAAGUCCAGGAGCAGAGGAACCCAGCUAAGAAUGGAGGAGCUGAUGUGCAUUAAGAAAGAACUGACGGUGAUUAAAUCACAGAUAGACGAGCUGCUGGACAGUCUGGAGCGGAUGGACCCUCAAAGCCAAGCGCUGUCAGGAGACGGUGUGGUGUUCUCUCCGCUCCAUGGUUCUGUGAGCAGUGCGGACGAUUCGUCUGGUAACUCUCCUCCCCUGAGGACAGACAGAGACACACAGAGCCCACAGACAGCAGACAGCAGUGAUGAAAACAGACAGCAUGUUAAUUACUAUGAAUCAGAUUUGCUCUACAUGUAAACGCAGGUUUCAGAUUCCGAGUUCAGAUACCAAGUUUUUGAGAAAGGUCACAGGAUCUCUAAUGAUGGUGUAAAGAAAAGCACCAGGAAGGAAGAGAAACAAUAUCUGGAUCAUUUCCAAAUAUCUAGAUCUGUUCAAAAUGGCAUCAUGUCAACUGAGCAUUAAUCCAGUUUGAAUCCGGUUGUGGAGCAGCUGCCUAACACAAGCUGUUUUUCCAUGAUUUCAGUCAAUACUGAUACGACUCCAGUUCAGGAUCAAAUUAAAGGAUACCAACCACACAUGUACACACACACAUGCACACACACACACACACACACACACACACACACA